AUGGCCUCGAUCACCCUCGACGAGCUCCACGCGUAUCACGCCAUCGAUCGAUCGAUAUUCUCUAGGCUGGUGAUAAAUCUCGGGAGGGAUCCGGCUGAGUCUAUGCUAGUUAUGGCCCUGUGGCUUUGGUUCGAGGAGACCGGUUACCCCAACAUUAUCGCGAGAAGCGUUAACGUGUCGGAUCCCGUCUUGGUAGCGCUAGCCGGUGAAGCCGUUUCGUGUUUGGACUGUCUCGAAUUGACGGAACCCCCCGUGCCACCUAGUGGCAACUUGCCUCUGACUUCAAGGAUCAUGGAGAAGGAUGUUUCUCUGCAUAUGUUGUACCAGAACAAAUUCAGUACCAUCAGCGGGAUAAAGAGUUUCAUGAACACCGUCUGCGCUCGGAUUUUCACCGAUAUCUUGCAACACGUGAUGGGGAUCGCGCCACAAGCGAUCCUCAAUCAGCCUCUCGUCAUCCCCGGUUUCCCUCACCCGUUAUUCGGCAACGUCACCAUAGUGCCUAGAGCCAUGGACCAUGACUUCCCUAUAGGAGGCCUGUGGGGAUGGCACCCUUGCAACAACGUCACCGAGGACGAAAGGACCCUGUUCCUGACUUUCUCGCGGGGCUUUCCAGUUUCGGAAGACGAAAUGAGGGAAGUCUUCACCAGGAUACGCGGCGUUUGUGUCGACAGCGUGCACAUGCAGGACAAUGUCCAAAGGGGUGAGCAGGCAUUGUUUGCUAGGAUGGUUCUACGUUCCGUCACGAAUGUCGAUCAGGUAUUGAACGGGAGGCGCGUAGCGAAGUACCGGGUCAACGGGAAACACAUAUGGGCACGGAAGUAUGAGCGCAGGGAGUAG